GGAUGCUUCAUCACAUCGCAUCCGCUCACGUUCACGUUCACCAGUGGUUCGAGAGAUCCGAUCAGUCAGCAACACACACGCACGCCAAAUUGAUGCCUUGAACCGUCCUGGGGUGUGGUGAUGUCCUCUCUCCUGUCUCGCGUCCGCUGCCGUGGAAUGUCUGCGUGGUUGAUUCAAAGGAAGGGGCAAUUGCACCUAGAUCAGCCAGUGAAGAGGGCAUACCGCUAGCCUAUGUAAGCCCAGACCCUCUUUGGCGGGGGUGGCCAAGUCCCAAGUGCGUGCCAGCCUUAUUCCGUCAAGAAUACUUUGUACUUCGCACCUAGCUUGAGGCUAUCAUUUAUUUAUCAUUUCCAUUUGACAGUCCAGUCAAGUCCACUUAUCAACAACCGCAGUGCACUUACAACGUCUCCUGUCCUGUCGCAAACCCUUUGCAGAGAUUUCCACUGGAUUCUGUUGGACUCAAAGAUUGCUAAACUUCACACUUGGAAUAUUUCAAAUCAAAUAACAGAGUGGCGGCGAUCCUUUCCGAGCCUUUGUGCUGAUUUGCGCCUGUGUCAAAAGAUCUGGACCGCCGGCAGAGUUUACCCCCUGGUGAGCAGUUUAAUAUGCGAUUGCUAAAUUGAUAUCAUAUACUGUAUGGUAUAAUAUAUCCUUCCUAAAUUCCCCGAAUCGUUCUCUCCACAAAUCACGAUAUAUGAUAUUUCGGUCGUCGGCCUCUCCGAAAGACCAUAUUAAAUAACUCACAUCUCAAACCCGCUGGAACCUUCUUUAGCCAUAUCGGCUAUUAGUUUGCACUUUACUCGUUUGUAAAGACUAAGGUGGAGGGAAAACGUCACUGGAGUUAUUCUUAAUUAUUCCGACUUUCGCCCUACCGAUCGUUCGUCAUCCUCGAGCACAUCCGUAAUACCCAUUGUUAGAUCUGGACCGAAGGUUGCGGUUUAUAUUUUGGGUGAUUGGUCUGGAUUGUCGGGAAAGUGUGUGAGAAAUCAGGGAGGAUUGUGAACAGUCUAUAGAGUCUGGUAGAUUAUCGGCAGGAAAGGAAUAUCUGUGGAGACCUGGAUUCUAGGAAGAUCACACUUUCGAAUUUGCCAUCUUACACUUUACACUUUGACGAGAAGGGAAGUUCAAGGUACUUUGGCCUGUCAUUGUAUGUCAUCAAGUGCCAAAGUUAGACUCUUGGGAAGGGGGCACCAAUUCAUAUGUGAGAUUCCCGUGCAGUCAAACACUGCCGAGUGGACAUAAAGCUGUUUGUCACCUGCAUCUAUACCUCUAUCUCCCCCACUCGCUGCCAAUAGGAUCUGUUCGUUCUCUUCUCUGACGAGCUAACGGGCUACUUUACCUAUCAAAUUGGGGGGUUGUCAUCUCGGCGCGAGACAUCGCCUCCUUGUGUCAUCUCUUCCAUUGGCUGUUUGCAUCAAGAAACCCGGCCUACACCGACUCUCUAGUGGUGAGAUACUGGUAAAAAAAAAAAAAAAACCUGUAUCCGGACAGGGCCCAUUCCUGUGAGCUUAUGAGUAAAACAUAACCUUGGCCCGGGUUUGUUUCUUCAAUUUCUCACAAAUCAAUAAUAAUUUAUCAUCAUGACUCCCACACCCCCUUCCACUACGUCUUCAAGCGCCGGAGCUCAAUCUCCAGAAGGCCAAUACCGGGUCGUAAGAAAGAGAAACAGGAUUCCUCUGUCGUGUGGGCCUUGCCGGCAUAGAAAGUUGAAGUGUAACAGGUCGCAUCCAUGUGAGAAUUGUACGAGAAGAGGUGACGCCUCCUCGUGCUCGUAUGCUGCACCAGGAACACGAAAGAAGAAUCAAAGUCAAGGCUCAACCAGUCCUGAUGAUAUGCAAAAUCGUAUUGACCGUUUAGAAGGUUUAGUCUUAUCACUGAUGACAAAUGGUGCUUCAUCUGCAGGUCCAGCCGCGGCCGCUGCUGCUGUUAACCGCUCCCACAGCGAUAGUGCGGCUUCAUCCUUUCCACCAGACUUAGACCAAGACGAUGAUGACAUGAUUAAAGAAGAGGGUGACGAAGAUAGUGAUGUGGAUGUAGUUGCUGAUUCACUGGGUAUUAUGAAAGUUGACACUGAUAAAGGAAAAACAACAUAUUUAGGAGAUUCACAUUGGCAUUUAGUCUUAAAAGAUAUCGCAGAAGUCAAAUCGUAUUUCAAUAAUCAUAAAAAGGAACUCGAAAAGAACUACGAAAAGAUCAAGUCUCAAAAGCCGCCUGCCAGUGAUGGGCCGGCCUUUUUAUUCGGUGCCCAUACACCGGCUACAGAUGAAGAGCUUCGAAUGGCAGUUCCUGCCAAACCGGAGGUUGAUAAACUCAUCACCAGAUACUUCAACACAUACGAUCCAGCUAUACACAUCAUACACGCCCCGACUUUCCACAAGGAACUGCAAACCCAUUGGCAAGAUCCCACAAAAACCUCGAUAGUAUGGCUUGGCCUUUUAUAUUCAAUUCUCUGUUUAGCCAUGCAAUCAUACCAAAAGAUUGGGGAUGAACCACCGGAAUGGAAAGAUCGCACUCUCGACAUAUCUGGUGAAUUCAGACAGCGCACGGUCCAGUGUCUUGUCAAUUCCGAUUAUACAAAGUCAUCAUUCUACACAAUUGAAACGCUAAUAUUAUACGUACACGGCGAGUAUACAAGCCGUUGGGAUGCUGAAGUGGGACUUUGGGUCAUAAUCGGCAUGAUCACUCGACUGUCAAUGCGCAUGGGCUAUCAUCGGGAUCCAAGCAACUUUGCUGGUAUCACUAUCUUCCAUGGGGAGAUGCGUCGUCGACUAUGGGGGUUUAUACGCAACAUGGACACAAUGUUCUCCUUCCAACUAGCACUCCCAAGUAUGAUCCGUGAUAGCGACUGUGAUACAAAACUUCCUCGCAACAUAUUUGAGGAUGAGUUUGGUCCAGAUUCGAAAACAUUACCACCCGCGAGACCGAAUACUGAACCUACCCCUGUAUCUUACAUGCUCGCCAAGAUCAGCAUAACCAAUGAGUUCAAUUGUAUACUGGAGGAAAUACAAAGUGUGAAUCCUAAGGGCAUUUCAUAUGAUGAUAUCCUUGCCCGCGAUAAUAAGUUAUGGGAAUUAAAACGCAAUCUUGCUCCCCAUCUUCGACUCAGGCCCCUUGAAGAAUGCACGCAUGAUCCUGCGACGCUCUUGAUGCACAGGUUCAAUGUAGAUAUUCAAUGGCAGAAGGUUAUGUGUGUUCUUCAUCGCAAAUAUCUUGCACGAGCGAGACAAAAUUCUCGCUACGAUCAUUCCCGUCGAGCCUGUGUCAACGCUGCGAUGGAAAUUCUUCGACAUCAACACAAACUUCAUCUUGAAUCUAAGCCCGGAGGACGAUUGCGAUCAAUGAGAUGGGCCAUCUCAAGUCUUACAAAACACGAUUAUCUACUGGCCGCAAUGAUAGUAUGCUUGGAACUUCAUUACCAAAUCAUUUGUCCACCCAACAAACACUUCUGGAAAACAGAACAACUUGCCGAUAUGCUCAAAGCAGUUGAAACUUCCCAAAGUAUUUGGAGUGAAACCAUUGAAGAAUCAAUGGAGUCAUUCAAGGCAGCCAAAACCCUAAAUAUCAUUCUCGAGAAAUUGAAGACUUCUAGGGAACCAGCCGCCAGUGCUUCUGCCACACCUAUGAGCACAGCCGACGCUUUUUCGCAAUUUGAUGAUGAGAACCUUAGGCCUGAACAAUCGGCAGCUAUGACUCUUGGCAUGCUUUCUGGUGGUUUGUCGCCAGAUUCGGCAGCGGUGUUCAACAAUAUGGGCCAAUCUUCAGGAUACACAAAUAUGGAUCUGAAUAUGGGUGAUUCAGGCGGAACUGGUCUCACCCCUUACCCGUUCGACAACAAUUUGAACCCCUUUGCUACCAUGAACGCUGGUACAUCUCCCUUCUCCAUGUUCGGCAAUACUGGUAAUGCUCCUGGAAUGAUGGAUUUACCAGCAAAUCUCGACUGGGAACAAUGGGAUCAUUAUAUUGGAAAUUCAAAUACAAUCGAUCCCGCAUUUCAGUUCUAUCCAACAAAUCUCGAACCUUCACCACCUGGUGGGAAUCAAGAACAAGUACAACAAAAUGACCCGUCGAAUCCAUUUAGCGGUCCUUUCAUGGGCGCAAAUACUCCUGGUAGAUGAAAAAAAAAAAUGGUUGAACAAGAUGAUGUUAUAUUAUAGUACAUGGCAAUGUGCGUGUUAGGGGAUAAAUGGAGCAGUGAAUAUUAUUUAAAGAUACCACGCGAAUUCGAAAUUUGGCCCUUGGGAAUUUGGGAGUUGUGAUAAAAUAGGAAAAAUACUCUUCUCGACAUAAAAAAUUAAAAGUCCAAUGAUUCACCUCUUUAAUGCGGUUUUACAGGAUGAUUAAUUUGAUAGAGUGUUGUGUAUGAGUAGUGGUUGUGUAUACUAUUGCAUCUAUCCACCGCUAUGAUGCGUAAUCAGCGCAAACCCGAGACGCGUAGACUAA